AUGUUUUCACAGCGAAUAGGCCCUUUUGCUCAGGCAUGGUAUAAAUGGAAGGCCCUGCGCCUUCCCUGGCGGAAGCGCUUCCUCAUAGGCUUCGAUCUCCAAGGCAACACCUUUUGGGAAUUCCGCCUCACCCGCGGCGCCCAAGACUCCCCGGAGCGCUGGCGCCGCAUCGUCUCCUACCCGCGGUCGACGCACUACUCGCAGGUCAAGGUCAGCCCCCAGUGGCACCAGUGGCUGCGGCACACGCGGCGCGAGGCCCCGACCAUGGACGAGCAGCGCGCCGAGCUCGUGCGCCAGGAGAGGAUGAAGCUGCUUGCCGCCGAGGCCGACGCGCGCUGGGAGGCGAAGCCGAGGGUCAUGGAGGCGCCGAGGGAGGAAGAGCCGGCGAGGAGACUGCCUUUGGCUGAAGAGAGGGCGCAGCAGCCGGUAGAGGGAGAGGAUACGAAGACGACGGCGACGAGGAAGGAGAAGCCUUCUCAGGCAGCGAAACAGGACGAGGACAAGGCCGAUGCAAAGGAUCCUUGGGCGAGGGCGAGGGCGCAAGGCCCGGGCGAGAAUUGGCAGCCCACGGCAUGGAAUCCCACGGCUGCGGCCAAGAAGCGAUGA